AGUUGUGAGCUCCGAGAGCAUUCGGAGAUGCUUCUCCUCUUACUUUUACUGAAAAUUUCAACUUUUGUCGAUUCUUUUCAAAUUGGACAUUUGGAGUUUGAAAAUUCAAAUGAGACACGAAUUUUGGAGAUUUGCAUGAAAAAUGCUGGGAGCUGGAGAGAUCAUAGACUAAUCUCUCUUCCUUCUUGUCACAAUUUCAAUGGUCUGGAAAAUGCUGCAAAUCUCAACUACCAAUAUUCUGUGGAUUUGCUCAUUGGAGCAGCGUGUGAUGAAGAAACUCAGACAGUAUCCAGAUUAGCAUUGAGAUGGCACAAAUUGUACCUUUCUAGUGCUCCGCUGAGCACUAAAGAAAAAGAAAGCACCACAAUUGCACUGAAACCACAUAGUUUGGCUGGAACAGCUGAAGUUAUUCUUGCAAUGUGCAAAUCGAUGAAAUGGAAAGAGAUUGGAAUAAUAUAUUCUGAGGAGACCAAGUACACAGCGCACGCGAUCUACGACAUGCUCGCCGAGCAGGAGGACGACCUGAAAAUUAAUGUGUUUUUGGAAACCGAUGGGCUCAGCAAUACGUACACAAUUUUGCAUAGUGCAAGAGCGCUCAUCUCAUUCCUCACCACUCUGGAUUUGUCCAAAUUUUUCAAAACAUUGAAGGAAAAUGCUUUUCGGCCACUGGAAUUCAGCAUUGUUCACGUGGAUUGUAAUAAAUCCGAAAUCUCAAAUUUCUACACUUAUCUUGACAAUAAUGCCGGAGAAGAACCAAAUCCCAUAUCGGCUGCUCGUCUACGAAAACUGUAUCGACAUGUGGCACUCUUGAAAAAUAGUCACGAUGACAUGGAAAAAACGGAAGAAUUCGCAAAAAAAUAUGGACUUGUGCCAUCCUACACACUCUACAAAGCUCUCAUCCUGUGUGAUGGGCUCCAAUUGCUCAACAACUACACAGCGCCACGUGGCAAUCUGUCAAUUGUCCAACAGCUACCGUACCUCUGGAAUCACGUGACAAACACUGAGACUCAAGGAUACUCGGGACCAGUUUUUAUUGGAAACGACGGAGUACGGUUACCGUACUACGAAAUGCACAUGUGGAGGGAUGGAAAAGCAGUCCACGUGGCAAAUGUGAAACCGAGAGAAUCGGAUUACUGUGGAGGGAAUAUGACAAAGAAUUGUUAUGAAUUCCUUCCCUCAAGCCCUCUGCUAGAAGAUCUCCCACCAUACACCUCCGAUUGUGGCUAUGACAACAAUUUAUGCAGCGAUUUCCACGUUUUCAUGAUCGCCGCAAUUGUAUUCUCCAUUCUUCUUAUUCCAAUGGCAAUCGCAUUUUAUCUUCAACGAAAAGAACAUUUAAUUCAACAAAUGCCGUGGCGGGUCCCAUUGGAUUCAAUUUCAUUCGAUGAUAACGGUGGGAGCUUGUCAGCUUCGCGUAGGGUCUCCACUAUUUCCACCGCCCGUGCUUCGUAUUCGUCGAUUUUUUCGGGAAAUGUUGCGGAGCACGCGAUUGUUAAUAAGCAGAAGGUUUCCGUUAAACGUCAUGUCCAACGAAGAGCCAUCACAUUUAGUCGGCAAGAAAUGGAAAUGUUGAAUCAGCUCAAAUACAUGUCCCACACGAACAUCAACCCAUUCACUGGAAUCUGCUUCAAUCAGGGAUCCGAACUAAUUGUCAUGUGGCAAUUCACCACGAGAUACUCGCUGGAAGACCUGAUUUUUGUGAAAGAGCAAAAGUUUGGAAGGAAUUUUCAAUCGACUUUUAUCAAACAUAUUGUACAUGGAAUAAAUUACAUUCAUAACAGUUCCAUCAAAGUUCAUGGUGCAUUGUAUCUCUCGAAUUGUGUCGUAGACUCCUAUUGGGUCGUGAAGCUCACUGAUUUCGGAAUUAAAGGGAUUUUAAAGGAAAGGACGAAUCACAAAGAAUUGGCGCCAAGUUCUGCAUUUGAUGUCGAUGCAAUUCACUACAAAUACCUCCAACUGGCACCUGAACAUAUUUCUGCCAUUCUGGAGAAACUGGAAGAGCCAAGGGGUACUGUAGAAGGGGAUAUCUAUCAAUUGGCAAUGUGCAUUUAUCAAAUUCUUUUCUACAUGAGACCAUUUGCAGAGAGACAGGAAUCUAUUAAAGAACUGGCUCACCUGCUCUCCAGUCAAUCCACAGCUCCUCUUCAUCCAAAAGUCCCCGAGGGAAACAGUUUCACAAUGAGACUUUUAUCAAUUAUUCAACAAUGUUGGUUGUACAAACCAGCUGCCAGACCAGCUUUAAUCAAGAUUACUGACGCUGUGAACAGGGAAUUCGGUCAGGAUGUAAAAGGCACCCUUAUCGAUCAAAUGAUUGAGAUGAUCGAUGAAUAUUCUGCGAAUUUGGAACAAAUCGUUGCGGAAAGAACAAGAGAAUUGGAACAAGAUAUGUCUGUUACAGAGAACUUAUUGUAUCAGCUUCUGCCAAAAAGUGUUGCCGACUCAAUCCGUAGUGGUAAGACAGUUGUGCCAGAACAACAUUCGUCUGUCACCCUGUUAGUAGUGGAUGUCUGUCAGUUUACAAAGUUCUGUGAGGCUUUUAUUCCGGUUCAUAUUCUAGAAACUCUACAAGAACUCUACUCCUCCUUCGACAACAUUGUACAGAAAAAUAAGGCGUUUAAAGUGGAAAACGUGGGAGAUGCCUACCUGAUUUGCAGUGGAAUACCUGAAAUGAGUGGAUUUCGUCAUUUAAGAGAAAUUUGCAAAAUUUCGCUGAAAUUGCAAGCGUUCAUGAAAACGUUCAAAGUCCGUCAUAGACCAUCUCACACACUACAAAUAAAAAUGGGAAUUACCAGUGGAGCAGUUGCAGCUGGAAUACUGGGAAGUACGGCUCCAAGAUUUUGUAUAUUCGGUGAUACUGUGAAUAUGGCGUGUCGUAUGGCAAGUACUGGAAAUCCUGGAAGUAUUCAAUUAAGUGAAUUGACUGCAAAUACGUUGAUGGAGAAGUUUCCAUCGUUUAUGUUGGAGGAGAGAGGCAUGAUUGAUGUGAAGGGAAAAGGCGCUUGCUUAACCUUCUGGUUAACUGGAGAAAAGGACAUAAUGAGACGUCAAUCUUCUCGUUCCAGCUGCAUAAGUCAGAUUAAAUUCGAGUUGGAUGAAGCUGACAAUUCGAAGAAAAUGUUUCUAAAUGUUUAA